UUCAAAUAAAAAAAUUUGGGAAGUGAGUGCUAGGUCAUUUAAAAAAGUGUGCAUGAAUAGGUAUAAAAAUAACAAAAAAGCAUCAUCGGAGUCUGUCAAACUGUGCGCAAAGUGGCAAAAAGAAAUUCUGGAUUCAACAUGGCACCCUUUUAAGAUUGUUGAAGUCGAAGGGAAGGAAAUACAGGAAGUAAUUGAUGAAAAUGAUCCUAAAUUAUUAUCUUUAAAGAAUGAUUUGGGAGAGGAGGCAUAUGUUGCUGUGGUGACAGCUCUAAAGCAAUCGCAUGAGUAUCAUAAUUCUGAUGAUGCUGAGAACACCCAUAAUUCAAGUGAGAAACAAGUGAUACCUGAGAUAUGAGACUCCCAAAAUGGACGUAGAGCCACCGUAACUGAAGCUUUGAAGUACAUAAGCAAUAGGGUUAUCAAGAUGCAGUGACGAUGAAUGGCAAUCCCAUAUUUAAUUUAUUCCCUUUAUGUAAGCCUACUUUUGGGACACAAUACUCAGCACUUGUAGUGCUAUAUAGUUUUAUAGGUGUUAUUAAUCUUGUGGUUAGAUUAUAUACUAUUUUUGCUAUGACAGG